AUGCAGAAUUUUGGUGGAUUAUUGUGGAUAGUGGGCAUUGUGAUUGGAUCCAUAUAUUCUGACAUUGUUCGUGGUGAUGAUGGUUUAUUAUCCCUUCGUUUUGUGAGCACAGACCUUAGAAUUUCUUCUACUACAUCUGAUGGUAGAAAACAUUUACAUAACGUAGAUGUUCCAUUAGAAAACAUUGAUAUUGCCUAUUUGAUUAACUUGUCUAUCGGUACUCCACCUCAACCAUUCACUCUUUUACUUGAUACUGGCUCUUCUUCUACUUGGGUACCUGCUUAUGGUUGUGGACGUUUUUGUGGAUUCCCUACACAUACAUUACAACCUAGUAAUUCAACUACCUUCAAUUCAUCUAACUUGAUCUUUUCAGUCACUUACGGUCAAGGUUAUUCUCAUGGUCUUUUUGCAAAGGAUACUUUUACGGUAAAUGGUGUUCAAAUACCAGGUGUCAAUUUUGGUGUUUCUUAUGCAAAUGAUGGUGAACUCACAGAACCAGGAGCUGAUGGUAUCCUUGGUAUAGGACCUGACGCACUUAGCAAAUUCAACAAUCCAGAUGGUAAAAUAUUACCUACAUUAGUGACAUCUAUGGUAGAUUAUGGUAUCAUUAGCAAGAAUGUAUUUUCGAUCUAUUUCCGUCCCUUGAAAGAAAAUGUAGCACCUUGGGAAUCACCUAUUGAUGGAGAAAUUACAUUUGGAGGCGGUAAUAAUUAA